UCCUCUCACUGUGCUGUCCUGACACAUCACAUAACAGAAGGUGUUUGAUUUGUGUCUCAGAACAGGAUGAGUGUUGUGAAGCAAGGAACGCUGCUGCUGCUGCUGCUGGCGGUGAUUGGCACCAGUGCAGACCACGAUGACUGUCACGGUCUGAACACAACGCUGCCAGCAACAGACCUGCAUAAGAUUGUUGGGGACUGGGUUCUGGUCUGGUCCGUCUCCGACCAUCAACAAGGCUGGGACCUGCUUCCAAACGUCACCAGCUCCCAUGCUGAGUUCCGACUCCUCCCUGACAACCACACCUACAUGUUUAACGAGAGGAACAUGUACAUUGACAAGUUGUGUGCUAACUACAUCAUCAACAUGUCGACAGAAGGCUCUGAUGACCACAUGCUGCACAAUCGCGGUGCCACGGUGGAGAGGAACGGCAUUGUUGAGCUGUACAAUGAGUCAGGCCAUGUGGAUUUCUAUGAGAGCUGCCCCGACUGUCUGGUGAUGGUCUAUUUUAGCCCUAGCGGCCGAUACCUGUUGAGCUACAGGAGGGAUGGGCAUCAUCGGGAUGUUGAGGUGUUGAACGCAGCGCAUGACAAUCACAAGAAACAGGCUGAGUGUCUGGGAUUCCCUCAUGACAAACCGUUCAGCUAUGACGGAGUUGCAGAUUUUUGUCAUAAGAAAUCGUCUGCAGAUGUGGAGGCUGACCACCAUAACAAGGCUGAGAAGGCUGAACCAACUGUGGAGGCUGCAGAGUCCUGAGUGACAAACAUUGGAGAGGCAAUAUAUCAGACAUAUCCUCCACCAAUAGAAUAAAAUCAAGUACUAAAACCUG